CGGCCCGAGUGCGGAUAAAUAAGAAAUGGUUUGACCCGGAUCCAACCAAGCGUGCAGGCCGCCAAUAAAUAGCUAUCUUCUAGGUCUUUCAAUAGCCCAUCUCAGAAGUCGUCAACAUCAAUUUCCGUUUUCGCCGCCCCCUCCAAGCUCAUCGUUGUAACAUGUCAACAAAGUACAUCAUAGGAGCUGUGGCAGCAUCCUUUGCCGUUUCUUACGUAUGUGACCUUUUAAUUGCUGACAAGAAGAUAUUUGGAGGUACCACCCCAAGCACUGUAUCAAACAAGGAAUGGUGGGAAGAGACUGACAAGAAGUUCCAAGCAUGGCCUCGUGUUGCUGGACCUCCUGUUGUGAUGAACCCUAUCAGUCGCCAGAAUUUUAUUGUCAAGUCCAACCCUUAAACUUGAUGGUUGAAUUUUGGCUCAUGUUGUUGGUUUUGUUUUCAUUCCGUCUACAAGUGGACCUUAUAAUGCCAUGCAGAUAGUUUUCUUUCUGUCUCAAUAAAUUGUGUUGUCAAAUAUUUCUGGUUUUACACUCAGUGCUGCAAACUUAAUGACAUUUCAAUAACUGUUCUGGUUUUACUGUUCA